UGAGUGGAGUAUAAAGACUGCAACACCGAAGUAGCCAAAGAACUUUCAGCAGCCAACAGUUAUCGAGAGCGCAUGCGUCGUGUAAAGGUGGCGGUCGAAUAUUCGAACGAGAAAGAAAGUAAAGUUAAAUUUUUUUCGCUGCAAAAAUGUUUCUAAAUUUGAUUAUCCUGACUACGUUGCUGAGUGCGGGUGUUCGCGCCACCACAACGGCGCACAUAGCGCCGCACUCGGAAGUGCCAAAUGUACAGCACAUCAUUUACUUACCAACCAACGGAAAUCAGGUGACCCCUUGGUCUAAUUCGGGUCACAGCGUUAGCCCACUUUAUCAGCAGCAAAUCGGUGGAGUUGUGGACUCACAUAAAUAUCAACAAGGCCACACAGGUGUGGUAAAUGCAGUGAAUUUACAACAACAACAACCUCACUCAUCACCAGCUGCAAUGUCGCCCAAUCCUCUGUAUGCCGGUAAUAAGGAACAUUUUCCUGGCAACUUUAUACUCUAUGAGGAUCAAGUCACUAUUCUACCCCAACUGGAUUCACGCGACUCGCAUGAAGAAUAUGAAGUUUGGCCUCCCGUGGGAAUAUAUCCUCCGCCAUCACCACCACCACUAGCGAUAAAACCCACAUCCUAUCCAGCAUAUUACCCUCUUCCAUAUCCAGUGACAAAGCCAACACUUCGGCCAAGUACGACGCGCCCAACAGCGACGCGUCCAACAACUACUCGUCCCACAACAGCUCGCCCACGACCACCUCAAUAUCCUCCAUUUUAUCCCAAACCUCCAUAUUAUCCACAAAACCCCUUGGAGGGGUUGCCACUCUAUCCUCACUAUCCUUUACCUCCAUUUUUGACAACACAGCGCCCUACCACGACGACGACGACGACGACGACGACGACUACGACACCCAGGCCUAGUGGCGCAGAUGUCGAAGUGCUGGAGAAUUAUCAAAUCAUCUCCGAUAGAGGGAUCACGAAAUAUAAGCUACGUCUCAGUAACGGGCUGACUGAUUACAAAAAGGUAACGAAAAAGCAUAUUGGCCAGAGAACUAUUUAUGUGCAAACUGGGUACUACUCAGUGCCGGUGGAUCCGCAGAGAAACAAAUACAAUUUGAUUCACUACAUUGCCGAUGAGAGAGGUUACCGGAUCAUAGGAGUGCAAGCGUGCUCUAACGAAAAUCCAUGCAGGGUUCUAAAGGAAGAAACAUGAAGGAGUGCAGUAUUAAACUAAAUCGAACUUGUAUUUGAAUUCAUUAAAGUAUGUCUUCGUAAAAUAAAAACUAGU